CACACUAAACGUAAACAACCAUGAAAGUUCAAAUCCCGGGUAACUAAAUGGUUAAACGCGUCACUUCUAUUUAGUUCCCCCGCACAGGGCGAGUGUCUUUUCGAAUCACUGACCGAAAAAAACAACCGGAGUAAAAAGUUAACGAAGCGUUGAGAGCACACGGAGAAGACGCGAAAAUGUCGACUUUUCCUCACCAUCAGGGGACCGGGCGGAAGUAUCCAGAUGCGGCCCCGGAACAGAGCUCACCGGACCGGGAGCCAUCAUCAGGGACGGACCCUCCAGGGACAUUCAGAGACAACUCUUUCUCUCAGAUGAACAAAAUGCCCGCUCGGGAUUCAGACAAGCGCCAAACAACCAGCGAGCCGACGCAAAUUCAUCUCCAGCCCUACUUGCUUCAACCCCGCAUGUCGGGGCGCAUGUCCGUGUACAGCAGCGGAGCUCGGCCCGUCCUCACCCACUCCUACAUCCAAGGACGUGUCUAUAACUUUCUGGAAAGGCCGUCCGGCUGGAAAUGCGUCAUUUAUCACUGCACUGUGUUCCUGAUAGUUAUUGCUUGCCUGAUUCUCAGUGUCCUCUCAACCAUGGCCGAGUACCACACCCUGACUUACAGGAGCCUCUACUGGGUGGAAAUUUUCCUUGUGGUCUUCUUCGGUGUGGAAUACAUUGUCCGGCUCUGGUCAGCAGGUUGCUGCAGUAAAUAUGUCGGCUUCUGGGGCCGACUACGAUUUGCCAGGAAGCCAAUAUCUCUUAUAGAUUUGAUUGUUGUGGUUGCUUCCAUACUCGUGCUAGCAUUUGGUUCCAAAGGACAGAUGUUUGCCGCCUCUGCAAUGAGAGGGAUUCGCUUUCUGCAGAUCGUACGAAUGCUCCAUGUAGACCGCCAGGGGGGAACAUGGCGUCUUCUGGGUUCUGUUGUCUACAUGCAUCGACAGGAGCUGAUCACAACCUUAUAUAUUGGCUUUCUAAGCCUGGUCUUCGCUUCCUACAUUCUCUACCUGGCAGAAAAAGAAAACGGCCACUUAGACAGCUAUGCUGACGCCCUGUGGUGGGGUGUGAUAACAGUAACAACCGUCGGCUAUGGCGACAUCAUCCCUGUAACUUGGCUUGGAAGGACUAUAGCGUCGUUUUUCUCUGUCUUCGCCAUACCCUUCUUUGCACUUCCUGCGGGAAUUUUAGGCUCAGGCUUGGCACUGAAAGUACAGCAGAAACAAAGACAGAAACAUUUCAACCGACAAAUCCCGGCUGCUGCAAGUCUUAUUCAGACAACAUGGAGAUGUUUUGCAGUGGCAAACAGUGAUUCAGCCACAUUUAAGAUGUUUUUGAAAAAGAAAUCCAGCUCCCAGAACUCAUCACUGUCAACCACAAAGCCUAAGUCAACGGUGAGGAUGAGAAAGAAGCAGAAGAGCAUCAACGAAGACAUGAAUCCAAAUUUUCUUGGAGCUCCGAGCAAUACCUGUGACUCUGUUUACGAAAAUAGGAGGUACCCGGACUCUAAUGCGUACAGCACUGUGGAUAUAGAGAAAAGAAGUCCCGACCUUCAGGAUGUCGAUUCUCCCAGUGGCCUGCAGAGAAACUGCUCUUUUGCCGACGACCUGGAACAGGAGUCAGAGCGAGACUGUGGUCUGGAUGCGGCUACUUCUGUGUCACAACUAACUGAGUCUCACAGACGGGCCAUCCGUGUGAUCCAGAGGAUGUGCUAUUAUGUGGCCAGGACAAAGUUUCAGCAAGCUCGUAAGCCAUAUGAUGUCCGGGAUGUGAUUGAGCAAUACUCCCAGGGUCACCUCAACCUCAUGGUGCGAAUCAAAGAAGUCCAGAGAAGACUGGACCAGUCAUUAGGGAAGAUUACUAUGUUCCAGACAGGAGCAGACGGUGCCAGAGACAGGGGAAACAACUCCAUUGGAACCCGUCUCAGCAGGAUGGAGGACAAGAUGACAAACAUGGAUCUGAUGCUGAAGCGCAUUGCGAACUCCCUGCUGGACCAGAGGGACGCCAGUGGGGUUGAAGGUGGCGGUAGACUGAGGCUACAGCCUGGACAGACGACCAAUGUCUUACACAGCCAGGAUAGCCUGCCAAGCUAUGAGCAGCUGAGUUUGUCGCCAAGUUGUCCAAUCACAAUGUCUGGCACAUCAGAGGAUAGCAACUAAUAUCUACGUAUCAAUCUAAUCCAGACCUGGGCAAAUUAAGGCCCGGGGGCCACAUGCGGCACUUAAGCUUUUCCGUCUGGCCAGCCGGACAUUCCUAAAUAAUUUUUUUAGAUCUUUUAGA